AUGGUUGUGGUGGAUCGGAAAUGCAGAGGAGGUGUAGGGAAUUUUCUAAUUGGAUUAAUCAAUGUGUCUUUCUCUGGACCAGAACAAACCUGGUUUAGAGGAAAUUUGGAGGCCACUUUUAAGUCGGCCCGUUUGGGUCGUGCUUUAAGUAAUGAUGCUUGGAGGUUACAGUUUCCAAACGGUGCCCUUCGCAAUCUACCUCGGUCCAAUUCAGAUCAUUGCCCCAUGUUGAUAAGCACUAAUGGCGUUGCUCAAGUGCCUCAAGCGAUGAAGCCUUUUAGGUUCCAAGCUGUGUGGAUGAGCCAUGGAAAAUUUGAAGAAUUUCUUUUUUCGAAUUGGAGUAAUAGUGAGCAUUUGAUUUCGUUCCUUCGUAAAUUUGCGGCUUUACUCACUGGUUGGAAUAAACUGGAAUUUCAUAAUAUUUUUAAGACAAAAUUAGAACUAAGGGCGCGUCUUGAAGGGGUGAAAAAAGCUUUGUCUAAGGGGCGUCUCUCGCACUUAUUGAAGUUGGAAGCAGUGCUUAGAAGAGAGUUGAUGAGAUUCUUGAUCAAGAAGAGAUGCUUUGGUUUCAAAAAUCUCACAUGGAUGCUAUUCGAGACGGUGAUAGAAACACCAAAUAUUUUCAUCUAUCUACUCUUAUUCGAAGGAAAUGGAACUGUAUAG